GGAAGGAUGCAACUCGCAAGUGGAAAAAAAAUAAAAUAAAAUAAAAUAAAAUAAAAUAAAAUAAAAGAUAUAUAGAAAAAAUAUAUUAUUCUUCCCAAUAACCAAUAUAGGCAGGGAAGACUAACCAGGUUACAGAGUACCCAAGUGCCGUCACACGCUCACCAUUUCCUCCAUGGAUACCGUCGUCCUCUACCCGUCCAGCGGCAUCGGCCACCUUGCACCCAUGACCGAGUUUGCCAAGCUCCUUGUCGCCCAAGGCCUCUCCGUCGUCAUGCCCAUCCUUCCACCUAUGUUCCCCUCCGUUUCCACUUCUGCUAUCGAUGACUACAUCACCCGCAUCUCCUCCUCCCACCCUUCCAUCUCCUUCCACCGCCUCCCAACCUUCACAAUCGACUACUCUUCCACGAACUUCGCCAUCCGCGCCUUCUCCUAUGUCCGCGCUGCCAACCCUCUUCUGCGAGACCUUCUACAGACCAUCUCACAGACAUCCAACAUAAGAGCAUUCCUCACAGACUUUUUCUGCAUCGACGCCCUCGACGUUGCCGCUGAUCUCCAGCUGCCAGCCUACGUCUUCUUCACCUGCAGCGCUUUCGUUCUCGCCUAUUUCCUCUAUCUCCCCACCUUACACAGCGAGAUGGCAUGUGGCCCCAGUGAAUUCGGAGAAACUCCCAUCCAUAUCCCUGGCUUACCACCUAUCCCACCCUCCCAGCUGCCAGAUCACACGCGAGAUCGGGACGAAGGAUUACAGACCAUCGUCGAUGUAUUCUCACGCUUCCCAGAAGCCAAAGGCAUCAUCGUCAACUCAUUUGAGUUUAUGGAGUCGAGAACAUUAAAGACCAUACGCGAAGGGCACUGUCUCCCAAACAGAGAGACGCCACCGGUGUACUGCGUGGGGCCGUUGAUCACUGUCAGUAAAAGAGGAGGAGAGAGGCACGAAUGUUUAACAUGGCUCGACAAGCAGCCCAAAGGGAGUGUCGUGUUCCUGUGCUUCGGGAGCAAGGGACGCUUUUCGAAGGAGCAAGUCAUGGAGAUCGCAACUGGGCUGGAGAGAAGCGAGCAGAGGUUCGUCUGGGUUGUGCGUAGCCCACCUGAUCCGGAAAAUCGGUUCGCGAAUUUUAACGAGGUAGAUCUGGACACGCUGCUCCCUGUUGGGUUCUUGGAGCGAACAGAGGGUAGGGGAGUGGUGGUGAAAGAUUGGGCACCGCAAGUGGAGGUGCUUAACCACGAAGCCACGGGUGGCUUCGUGACACACUGCGGCUGGAACUCGGUGCUGGAGGGGUUGUGUGCCGGUGUGGGGAUGAUAGCGUGGCCGUUGCAUGCCGAGCAGAAGAUGAACAAGGUGAUGCUGGUGGAUGAGAUGAAGCUGGCGGUGGCGAUACUGGGUUAUCAUGAUAAGGGAAAAGUGGUGGCGGAGGAGGUGGAAAAUCGGGUGAGGUGGCUAAUGGAGUCUGACGGUGGGAUGGAGCUGAGGAACCGAGCUAAGGCGAUGAAGGACCGCGCAACGGCCGCUGUCAGUGAUGGCGGAUCAUCAUAUGCUGCAGUGUUGGAGAUUGCUUCGCAGUGGAAACUACUGUCUUGAUAUUAACAUUGUUGUUUGUAGACUUGUAGUCAUGGAGG